CCUGGCAAUAUGCGGUCAUCAACUUGCCUUCUGCUCCUUCUUGGAAUGCAGCUCUUUAUCCUGGUUCCAAUCGAGGCCAAUGACUUUUCCUCUUUUCUAAGCGCCAACGCUUCGCUGGCCGUUGUUGUGGAUCAAGAAUAUAUGACCAUGCGUGGGGAGAACAUAAUGGCCCAUGUCGAGAAGAUCCUGAGCGACAUAAUACGGGAGAAUCUGAGAAACGGUGGUAUAAAUGUAAAAUAUUUCACCUGGAACGCAGUGCGACUGAAGAAAGAUUUUUUGGCCGCCAUUACGGUGACGGAUUGCGAGAAUACCUGGAAGUUUUACAAGAACACCCAGGAGAACUCCAUUCUGUUGAUUGCCAUCACAGAUUCCGACUGUCCUCGACUGCCGCUAAAUCGUGCUCUGAUGAUACCCAUCGUUGAGAAUGGCGAUGAAUUUCCUCAAGUCAUUCUAGACAUCAAAGUCCAGCAGAUUCUUAACUGGAAAACAGCUGUGGUGUUUGUGGAUCAAACCAUAUUGGAUGAUAACUCGGUCCUGGUGAAAUCGAUUGUGCACGAGAGCAGCACCAACCACAUCUCUCCCAUCUCUCUGAUCCUCUACAAAAUUAAUGAUUCCCUCCGAGGCCAACAGAAGCGAGCUGCCCUUCGUCGAGCUCUGGCGCAAUUCGCUCCCAACAAGCACGAAGAGAUGCGCCAGCAGUUCCUAGUGGUAUCCGCCUUCCACGAGGACAUUAUCGAAAUAGGCGAAACUCUGAACAUGUUCCACGUGGGCAACCAGUGGAUGUUCUUUGUGCUGGACAAGGACCCGCGGAACUUUGACCCCGACGCAGUGACCAUAAAUCUGGACGAGGGCGCCAACAUAGCCUUCGCCCUCAACGAAACCAGUCCCGACUGUCAGUACACACUAAACUGCACCAUUAAUGAAGUAAGUCUCGCCCUGGUGACCUCCAUAUCCAGGAUGACCGUCGAAGAGGAGUUCAUAUACGGCGAGAUCUCCGACGAGGAGUGGGAGUCCAUUCGCUUCACCAAACAGGAGAAGCAGGCCGAGAUCUUGGACUACAUGAAAGAAUAUCUAAAGGCCAACUCCAAGUGCUCCAGCUGCGCAAGAUGGCGCAUAGAAACUGCCAUUACUUGGGGCAAAAGUCAGGAGCAUCGCAAGUUCCGUACAGGUUUGAGCAGGAUUUCUUCUCUUAAAUCAAUCCCACUCACAGACUGGAUUUCUAUAGAUCCCACACGUGAUGCUAAGAACCGAAACUUCGAGUUCAUCAACAUUGGCUACUGGAGUCCCAUGCUGGGAUUCGUCUGCCAGGAACUGGCCUUCCCGCACAUAGAGCACCACUUCCGCAACAUCACCAUGGACAUUGUGACCGUUCACAAACCUCCCUGGCAAAUUCUCACCAAGAAUAGCAAUGGGGCCAUCGUGAAGCAUUCGGGCAUAGUCAUGGAGAUCAUCAAGGAGCUCAGUCGGGCCCUGAAUUUCAGCUACUACCUUCAUGAAGCCGCCGCAUUGAAAGAAGACUAUUUCCUUAGCUCGUCAACAAGCACCAAUGAAAGCGAUGAGUUGAUUGGUUCGAUGACUUUUCGGAUUCCCUACCGCGUAGUGGAGAUGGUGCAGAACAAUCAGUUCUUCAUCGCCGCCGUGGCAGCCACCGUGGAAGAUCCCGACCAGAAGCCCUUCAACUAUACCAUUCCCAUCAGUGUGCAGAAGUACUCCUUCAUCACCCGCAAGCCGGAUGAGGUUUCCCGAAUUUAUCUGUUUACUGCUCCCUUCACCAUGGAGACUUGGCUCUGCCUGGUGGGCAUCAUCCUGCUGACGGCUCCCAUGCUGUAUGCCAUCAAUCGUCUCACUCCCCUAAAGGAGAUGCAAAUCGCAGGCUUGUCCACGAUUAAGAGCUGCUUUUGGUACAUAUUUGGGGCCUUGUUGCAACAGGGAGGCAUGUAUUUGCCGAAAGCCGAUAGUGGCCGACUGGUGGUGGGCUUCUGGUGGAUUGUGGUAAUCGUCCUGGUUACCACCUACUGCGGCAACCUGGUGGCCUUUCUCACCUUCCCCAAGUUCCAGCCGGGCGUUGACUAUCUUAACCAACUGGAGCGCCACAAGGAUAUAUCACAGUACGGCCUGCGAAACGGCACCUUCUUCGAGCGGUACGUGCAGACGACCUCUCGCGAGGACUUCAAGCACUACUUGUCACAAGCCAAGAUCUACGGCAAUGGCCAGGAAGAGGACAUCGAGGCGGUCAAACAAGGUCAGCGCAUCAACAUCGACUGGCGGAUCAACCUGCAGCUGAUUGUGCAGCAGCAUUUCGAACGCAACAAGGAGUGCCACUUUGCUUUGGGCAAGGAGAGCUUCGUGGACGAGCAGAUUGCCCUGAUUGUGCCGGCGCAGAGUGCGUACCUGCAUCUGGUGAACCGCCACAUCAACAGCAUGUUCCGGAUGGGCUUCAUAGAGCGCUGGCACCAGAUGAAUCUGCCCAGUGCGAACAAGUGCAGUGGGAAGGGCGCCCAACGGCAGGUGACAAACCACAAGGUGAACAUGGACGACAUGCAGGGUUGCUUCCUGGUCCUGCUCCUGGGCUUUACGGUGGCUUUUGUAAGCGGCUGCUUUGAAUUGGGUUACCGUCGAUUCCGAGCCAGUCGCAAACGGCGCGAGUUCACUAACUGACCUUUAGAAAAUGUGGUUUGAAUAGUUAGGAGUUCAAUACUGGUGGUCCUUCUAUUUACAUGGAGUUUAUAAAACUUAAGUAACUUUCUGCAGUCAAGGCAAGUGCUUUCCAAACAUCUCUAAAACUCGACGUAUUAUAAUCUAGCGUUUUAUCACAACUUUUAAAUAAA